AUGGCCGUCCGCGACGCCAUCAACAGCGCGAUCGACGAGGAGAUGGCGCGGGAUCCCAAGGUCUUCGUCCUCGGCCAGGAGGUGGGGAAUUACCAAGGCCCGUACAAAGUCACGCGCGGGCUGAUCGACAAGUACGGCCCCGAUCGCGUCGUGGACACGCCGAUCACGGAGUACGGCGUGACCGGGAUGGCGGUGGGGUGUGCGAUGAACGGGAUGCGCCCGAUCUGCGAGUUCAUGACCUUCAACUUCGCGAUGCAGGCGAUCGACCACAUCGUGAACUCCGCCGCGAAGGGGUUUUACAUGUCGGGCGGGCAUCUCCAUUGUCCGAUUGUCUUCCGCGGGCCGAACGGGGCGGCCGCCGGGGUGGCCGCGCAGCACAGCCAAUGCUACGCCCCCUGGUACGCCUCCGUUCCCGGCCUCAUCGUCGUCUCCCCGUACAACUCCGAGGACGCGCGGGGGAUGAUGAAGGCCGCGGUGCGCAGCGAAAGCCCCGUGGUGAUCCUCGAACACGAGCUCAUGUACGGCGAGAGCUACCCCGUUUCCGAGGCCGCGCUGGAUAAGGACUUUACGAUUCCGUUCGGCAAGGCGAAGGUGGAGCGGGCGGGGAAGGAUAUCACCCUCAUCGCCUUCUCUCGAGCGGUGGAGAUCAGCAUGAAGGCGGCGGAGAAGCUCGCCGCGGAGGGGAUCGAGGCCGAGGUUAUCAACCUCCGCUCGCUCCGCCCGCUCGACCGCGAGACGAUCAUCCAGUCGAUCAAGAAAACCCACCGCGCGGUGACCGUUGACGAGUCCUUCCCGGUUUGCAACAUCGGCGCGGAGAUCUGCGCGUGCGUAAUGGAGAGCGAGGCGUUUGAUUACCUGGACGCGCCCAUGGUGCGGGUGUCGUGCGCGGAUUGCCCGACGCCGUACAGCAAAGUCCUCGAGACCGCCUCGCAGCCGCAGGUCGAGGAUGUACUCGCGGUCGUGAAGCGCGUGAUGAGCUAA